AUGCUCCACCGACUCUCUGCGGCUCACGCAGGACGACCGUUCUUGAGAUUCUACGCCUCGAAAUCCCCGUCGACAUCCUCCAGGCUCUCCCUCCUCGCCCGCCGCUGUACUUACGCUGCCGCCGGGCUUGGCGUUCUAUGGCUCGCCGAUACAGAGUUCUUAGCAUCUUCCGGGGCGAGAAAUAUACGAACAUUAUGCACGUGUCUGGUCAUCACAGUCGACUACAAGAUGAACUUCAAGCCGGAGAAAGCUGCUACCAUCCCGAACUUGCACGAACGCGUAGCUGACCGGAUAUAUAACCUCAUUAUGGCCAAUGGUGGAAUGUACAUCAAAAUAGGUCAGGCGAUAGGAAACAAUGCCGCGUUGCUUCCUCCCGCUAUGCAGGAGAGAUUUUCCAAGCUUUUUGAUGACGCUCCUCAAGUACCUUACUCUCAGGUGGAGAAGGUGUUCUAUCGGGAAUUUGGCAAACCGCCAGCGGGUCCCGAUGGCGUAUUUGAGUAUUUCGAAGAGACCGCGGCUGCCAGCGCUUCUAUUGCGCAGGUUCAUCGCGCAAAGCUCAAACAUCCCGUGCGUAUUUCCUGUAAUGGCGCUUGGGUGGCGGUGAAGAUACAAAAGCCGGAGGUCAAUACGCAGGUCGAAUGGGACCUCAUGGCCUACAAGCUUGUUAUCUAUUUGUAUGAAUGGGCCUUCGAUCUCCCAGUUACUGCAUUCGUAGACUACACCUGCCGACAAUUCCGCCAGGAAUUGGACUUCAACAAAGAAGUCAACAACGCUCGGCUGAUGUCCGCCGCUAUCGACUCCGACCCGCGUAUAUCCGGGCGCGUCUACGUUCCGAAGGUGUACCCCGAAUAUUCAACCCACAGGGUGAUGACUGCCGAAUGGAUCGACGGGAUCCGGCUCAGUAGCAAGCGCGAGAUCAAGCGCUUGAUGGGCGAGGACGUGCCUCCCGCACCCUCUGACGCUGCCGACACGCUACCUUCUUUCACGUCUGCAGCAUACGGAUCCUGGGCGCGCUCAAACAUCCUCCCCCUUCAAGGUGGGACAGAGUCCAUUAUGAAGACUAUGGUAGAGCUCUUCUCUGCACAAAUAUUCGAAUGGGGGAUCGUCCAUUGCGAUCCUCAUCCGGGCAACAUUAUCAUCCGGCCACGCCCCUCCUCGUCCAAUCCUUCCACGUGGACCCGCGAACCGCAGCUGGUUCUCCUCGACCACGGCCUGUACGAGUUCCUGCCCCCUGGCUUCCGUCGCCAGUACGCGCACCUGUGGAAGAGUCUCCUUACGGGCGAUUUCGGUGCCAUCAAGGAGAUAGCGGACGACUGGGGCUUUGGGGCUCCCGACGUAUUCGCCACUACUACGUUGUUGCGGCCUAUGCGAUUCAAAGAUCCUAACAACACCACGCCGUCGGUCGGCACGGGUAUUCUGGACGACGGCCUCAACCCGUACGAGCGAGGUGUAAGGAUGAAAGCAAAGAUGAAAGAGUUUCUUCAGGACACGGAUAAGGUUCCUCGGGAAUUGAUCUUCGUCAUGCGGAACAUGCGAAUCGUGCAGGGCAAUAACCAGACUUUCGGCUCUCCGGUGAACCGCAUCAAAAUCACCGGACUUUCCGCGUCUCGCGCGCUCACCACCUCACCCGGCCUGCGGUUUACUGAGAGACUCCAUGAGUAUUGGCGAUACCUUAUCUUCCGUACGGUCAUGUUCUCCCUCGACGUGGCGUUUCAAGCGAGCCGAUUUCGGCAGUGGUGGAGGCAGAAACUAGGCUUCGCCAGCGAGGGUUUCGAGGAUGAACUCGAGCGGACUAUGCGUGGCAUCGCCAAACGCGAUUUUGGUUUAGAGAUUAGCCACGCGGCGUUCCAAGGUUAA